AAAAAAAAAACAAAACCAAAAAUGGGUAACCCUCUGAUCUAUCUUCUCCCGAUCUUCCACUUGUUGGUGUUAUUAGGAUCCUCGGUAAAUGCUUAUUGGCCACCAUCACCUGGUUACUGGCCAAGCUCCAAGGUUAGCUCCUUGAGCUUCUACAAAGGUUUUAGGAAUCUUUGGGGUCCUCAACAUCAGAGAAUGGACCAAAAUGCUCUUACCAUCUGGCUUGAUAGAGCCUCAGGAAGUGGAUUUAAGUCGGUGAAGCCAUUCAGAUCAGGCUACUUUGGAGCAUCCAUCAAACUCCAACCUGGCUACACUGCUGGAGUCAUCACAUCUCUCUAUCUAUCAAAUAAUGAGGCACAUCCAGGGUUCCAUGAUGAAGUGGACAUAGAAUUUUUGGGGACAACAUUUGGAAAACCAUACACACUUCAGACAAAUGUGUACAUUAGGGGUAGUGGUGAUGGCAAAAUCAUUGGUCGUGAAAUAAAGUUUCGCUUGUGGUUUGAUCCCACUUCAGGUUUUCACCAUUAUGCUAUUCUUUGGAACCCUAGAGAAAUCAUAUUUUUGGUAGAUGAUAUUCCAAUAAGAAGAUACCCAAAGAAGAGUGCGGCCACAUUCCCUUUAAGACCAAUGUGGCUUUAUGGUUCCAUAUGGGACGCUUCUUCUUGGGCAACCGAAGAUGGUAAAUACAAAGCGGACUACAAAUAUCAACCUUUUACUGCCAAAUACACGAACUUUAAAGCCAUUGGUUGCACUGCUUAUUCGUCAGCACGGUGCCAUCCAGUGUCGGCUUCACCAUACCGUUCUGGUGGGUUAACUCGACAGCAAUACCAAGCCAUGAGAUGGGUUCAAACACAUAACAUGGUAUACAACUAUUGCAAAGAUUAUAAGCGUGACCAUUCUCUAACGCCGGAAUGUUGGCGUUAGGAAUUUUUUUAAGGAAGUUCCGUAAUUCCAGAAUUUUAAUUAAAUACAACAAGACUUGGAAAACUUUUGGGAUUUUUCUCUGUUACUAUAUUAUUGUGGCUUUUGUUUCACAAAAAUAAAAUAUUUUUUGUUUUUUGCUUAUUAUCUUGUGUAAUGUGUAAAUGUUUCACAACUCAACCACUUUGAGCGGGUUUAAAUGUUUCUUAAGAAAAAAUAAUGUGUAAAUGUUUCCAGUACCAUGUUUUUGGUCAACUUUG